GUAAGAGUGCCGGAGAUUGAGAGAUUUUAGGAGUCCAAAAUCUCCAGCACUACAAAUGGUGUAAGAGCGCCAGGGAUUGAAACUUGAAAGAGAGGAUGCACAUAGGUCAGUUCUCUAGCACUAAAUGUUGACAAUGAUGUUAAGAAUUGUUCAUCAUCAUUUAAGGGAAUCCAGUGCCCGAACUGCAUUCCAUUUUCACUCCACUUCCAUCUCAUCAUCAUCAUCAUCAUCAAGAACCCUAAAAUCCAUUCCAGACAAUGCAGAAAAGAUCUCAUUCGUCGCUUCUUAUCUCAUCAGUAAAUUUGGGCUGUCGUCAGAAAGAGCUAUCUCAGCUUCCAAGCAUAUGAAUUUCAAGACCCCUGAGAAACCUGACUCUGUGUUGACGUUCUUGAAAAAUCAUGGCUUCACAGACGACCAGAUCUUAAAAGCAGUAAUCAAGCUACCAACUCUCCUUGUAUCUGACCCCGAAAAGACCCUUUUUCCCAAGAUUGAAUUUUGCCUCUCCAUGGGUUUCUCACAGGACAGGGUAGCGUCUAUACUAAGCGGAUCUCCUUCACUUUUCAAGUACAGUUUGGAAAACAGUAUUGUUCCAUCCUUGAAUUUCCUCAGGACUCUCAUUCCAGUAGAAGAAGCACUUAUGACUGCCUUGAAGAGUUGCACUGGGCUUCUUACUAGAGACCUCAAACGUAAUUGUGGACCUAAUAUACAACUUCUGAGAGAAAUCGGAGUCCCCGAAUCGAAUAUAGUUUAUCUGUUCAAAUACCAGCCUAAAGUUUUCCUGUUUGACAAAGAUAAGUUUAGGGACAUUGUGGAGAAAGUGAGAGACUUAGGGGUUGACACAAAACAUGUAAGUUUUGUUAUUGUAAUAAAGGCAAUGAGGAUAUGUAAAUUGAUUUGGGAAAAGAAGAUGAUGAUCUAUAAGAACUCGGGUAUUUCUGAGAAUGAGGUUCUGGAGGCUUUUAAGAAGUACCCUUGGUUAAUGAUGGUGUCUCAGGAGAAGCUUGUGAAGCUUCUUGAUUUUCUUGUCAAUCAGAUGGGGUUGAAAUCUUCAAUUCUUGUAAGAAGGCCUCAACUUACCUCUUUUAGCCUGGAGAGGAGGACUAUCCCUAGAUGCUUAGUAUACCGAGCUCUGUUGGCUAAGGGUCUGGUCAAGGAGGACUGCAAUGUGUUACUUUGCAUUCUAACUGCUACUGAAAAUAUGUUUCUAAAGAAGUUUGUGAAAUGUCAUGGAGAACAUGCUCCUGAAUUGUUAGAGGUAUAUCAGAGUCCACAACAAGUUGCCUUAUCCCUAUUACCUUCGAAAUUUGUUUGAUUUAGUCUACAGUGUAAAAGCAUUUGAGAUUGCUUUUUGGAGGACAACAUGUGUCAUUGGAAUGUGAUUGGGGUAUUUAUUAUAGUGCCUUCUGCUUCAUUUGCUUUAUAUUUGUUGAUCAUCUCCGGAGUCUCACAUUAGAAAAUUAAAGAGAAAAUUAUGGUUUAAUAAUAAGACCUUGGACUGAACUAAGUAAUAUGAUUGAAUUCAAACAUUUAAUGUGGUUUGUCUCAACUCAAGUGCUUUACAGCCGCUGGAGCAACUCCAAUUCAGUCCUGAAUUCCAUCAGUUAUACAGGAUUCUUAGUUUCAUAUACCCGUCAUAGGAUUGACUUUCUUUUUCCAUGGAUUGCUAAAAUUUAUGUUAAGAUGCAUUAUGAUGAGAUUUUCUCCCAGAAGCCGGACAAGUUUGUGCUUACCGCAGUUGGAAUGCUGUUACACCUGAGUUCUGAUGUAUCUGCAUUAUAAUGAUUUUACUGCUCUUUCCUUGCUAG